AUGGAUCCUGCUAUCACACGUGAGCUAUCGCAACUUGACCCAACAGUCCCGUUUCGAGCUUCAUGCGACCAUUUACAUCACACAUGGGCCAAGCCCUUUUUUGCACGGCCAGAACUCUACAUACAGCCUCGCACUAUUAGCGAAAUACAGCAAAUAGUGGUACUUGCUAGUCGAUGUCGCCGUACCUUAAUCACUGUGGGAAGUGGUCACUCGCCAUCUGAUCUCACCUGUACCUCGAGCUGGAUGAUCAACCUUGACGACUUCAAUAGCCUACUUGAAGUUGACAACAAUCUUGUUAAAGUACAAGCUAGCAUUCGAUUAAGAACACUGGGAAGGGAGUUGGAACGGCAUCAUUUAACUUUGGCCAAUCUAGGGAGCAUCGACAGCCAGUCAAUCGCUGGAGCGCUUGCAACAGGUACUCAUGGUAGCUCCCUACAACAUGGGCUGCUCUCUGAGUAUGUUGAAUCGCUAAGCUUGGUACUCCCUAAUGGAGAACUGUGGCAAUUCAAACCCGAUAUUGUUUCGGGCUGCCCUGCUAUCUCUUGGCGCCAUAGGGGUCGUAGUAGAGAUAACGCUGAGGGCCGAGAACGCAUUCAACUACUAUCAAUCUGGUCGUCCGGCUUAUGGAAUUCCCACGACUUCAUCCGCGUUCUUUGGCUGCCAUAUGAGCGGAGUGCUAUUAUAAGGCAUGCUGAAAAGACCUCUCGUCCGGUGCUGAGGCAAGACAACCAAAGGUAUUCCUAUAUCGCCCUGUGCUUUUAUCAUUCUUAUCAGUUUGUCCUUGCUCUGGCAAAUAUCUUUCCUUUCAUUCUCCCUUGGAUUGAAUGGGGUAUUUCGGGAAUGCGAUAUGGCUUUGGUGCCACUAGCAAGACCCUCACUGGUGUGAGUCCUGCCCGCGAAGGACUUAUGAUGGAACCUUCCUAUCCCCAGUUAGUGAAUGAAUGGGCAUUGCCUCUUGAAAAUGGCCCUGAAGCCAUUUUACGCCUUUCUGCAUGGCUCCAUGGGGACCAUCAGACAGCGCAGAUACCAUUCAGCAGCAAAGGCGUUUGGGUGAAUUGCGCUAUCAAGGUUAGGGUGGUGAAUACAUCCGUCGUCACGACCCCCAGGCCUUUCCUUGACCCUACAUGCCAUGACAGACCAACUCUUUAUCUGAACGCGACACUUCAUCGUCCGUAUUUGCUUGAUCCACCCUGCAGAGACCAAUAUUACCAAGCCUUUGAGUAUCUCAUGCGGGAGCUGGGUGGGCGUCCACACUGGGCGAAAAAUUUCGGAACAGUAGCGUCAUCUGAACUCCAUAAAUUAUACGGAAAUGAUAUGGAUCAGUGGGUGAAGAUACAAAAGGAAGUUGAUCCCGAAGGCCUCUUUCUCGGCGAGUGGCAUUACCGAAAUCUCCCGGUAACUUCUGGUGUCAAACGACCGAAAAGUUCAGAGAGACUGGAAACCUCGAUUAGUUAUACAGGUUAA